AUGGCUCGCGUCUACGUUGGGAACCUGGAUCCGCGUGUCACAGCGCGGGAGAUCGAGGACGAGUUCCGCACGUUUGGGGUUCUGAGGAGUGUAUGGGUUGCUAGGAAACCACCAGGGUUUGCCUUCAUUGACUUUGAUGACCGCAGGGAUGCACAAGAUGCCAUUCGUGAAUUGGAUGGUAAGAAUGGUUGGAGGGUUGAGCUGUCAACCAAAGCUGGUGGUGGCCGUGGCCGAGACCGUAACGGUUCUGAUAUGAAGUGCUAUGAGUGUGGUGAAUCUGGCCACUUUGCACGUGAAUGUCGCUUACGGAUUGGUUCGGGAGGCCUGGGUAGUGGAAGGCGUCGCAGCCGAAGUCCUAGAUAUCGCAGCCGUAGCCGAAGUCGCAGCCGCAGCCACAGCCCAAGAUAUGGAAGGAGCCCAAGCGGCAGAAGGAGCUACAGCCCACGAGAUCGUUCUCCUAGGAGGCGAAGUUAUAGCAGGUCGCCACCAGGAUCUCGUGCACGGAGUCUCAGCAGGUCGCCGCCACUGCCGCCGCCGCCUCCUAGAAAUAACAGCAGGUCACCACGGGGAGCUCGAGACAUGAGCAGGUCGCCACCACCACCUCCUCCCAGAAAUAACAGCAGGUCACCACCGGGAGCCCGAGACGUGAGCAGGUCGCCGCCACCACCUCCUGAUGCCAGAAGAAGCUAUAGCAGAUCCCCAGGACAGCAGCCCCAGCGUGACGAGUCCCCAUAUGCCAAUGACGCCUGA